AUGGAGAAACAAAAACUCACCAGCAAGCACAUAGGUGCUUCUCAGGCUACCCAGAACCCUUCCCAGCAGCUCUUGCAUCUUGCCCAGCUGAUAGUUAAGGCAUCAGAGACAGGUAGCCUGUGGGUGAUUGGUGAGCAAGGAAGUUUUGAUAACAAUGGUGCCCUUAUAGGACCCAGAAGUACAAGGCACAGCAAUCCCGAGGAGCAUGCCACUUACUAUUUCAACACCUUCUCUAAGGAGCUGUUAGUCCAGGCAAUGACUGGAAUAUUACAGGUUAAUGGGCAUGGAGAAGAAAGCACAUUAAUGCAAGACUUAAAGCCUUUUCGUAUUCUCAUCAGUUUGCUGGAUAAGCCGGAGCUAGGCCCUGCCAUCCUAGAGGAUGUAUUGAUUGAAGUGUUUCGGACAUUAUAUACACAGUGCAAAACAGAACUGGAGCUUCAGGCAGAACCUUCUUUCAACAAAGAUCACACACAGCUAAGCAGCAAACUGAGAGAAAACAAGAAAACAGCAGAAUUGAUUAAAACUGCCAAUCUUCUCUUUAAUUCCUUUGAGCCUUAUUAUAUGUGGGAUUACAUUGCUCGUUGGUUUGAAGAAUGUUGUAGGAGGACAUUACAUGCCAGACUUCAAACUGGGCCUGGAGGUGGUAGUGAGCAAUCUGAGUUACCGCUGACAAAUUUCUGCUUGUUAGUGGAUUUUUUGUUGGAUAUAGUUUCUUUGGAGACUUACAUUGAAAUACAGACAGAACACUUGCCUCAGCUGUUGCUUAGGAUGAUUUCUGCAUUGACGAGCCAUCUUCAUACUUUGCACUUGUCUGAGCUUACUGAUUCUCUCCGACUCUGCUCAAAGAUCCUUAGUAAGGUUCAACCUCCAUUGCUGUCUGCUGGUACCAAUGGUAUCCUGCAGUUUCCUAGUGGACACAGCAGCUCCAUCAAAGAAUGGGAAAACAAAAAGGUAACUGAUUAUGGUUUGCAGCAUCUUGGAAAGAUACUUCUUGUGUGGAAAGGAAAAGGGGGCUUUCUAAGUCUGUGCUGAACCACCUACAAGUCUUUGAUUAGAUUUAGUUUAAUAUACAACAAUACAUGUAAAACUUGGCUCAUCAAAAGAAAUUAUAAUUGUGCACUUCAUUGUGGUAAAAGGUCUUGAUUCUUAAGAGUUUUUGUCUAGAUUUAAUAUUAUACAUGUAUA